AUGCGCCCGUCACUCCUUCAUUGUGCCCCGCACCCUUUCUCUAUUCUUCCCAGCCAUCCAUACCUUGAUGACGCUUCGCCGCGCCCUGCCCUUCACGAGUUCCUCUGCUCCGUCCUAGCAGAUGCCCAUGCUUUCCUGGUCUCCAUUCCCGACACAUUCCAUGAGAACCGAGAGCAGUGUCCAUCACCACCCGCCUCCGCACCAGUUCAGCUUUCUAGCCGUACCAUUCGGGACUCCCAACCGACCGGCAACCCCAAGAAGGAAAUUUGGUUCUGCCGAAAAAGCAUCCACGCCGAUGCGUCGGUCGAUGGGUCGGCGACCUGGGAGGAAUUCCAGAAUGGGCUCAAAACGAACCAUGCAGAGAACGAGAUGGCCUACACCCCGAGUGUGACGGCGGUGGACAGACUGUUGGAGUGGCCACCGGAGAGAGAGAUCGAGGGUGGCUGGACGGAUGUGGACGUGCAAGGCAAGUGA